GAGCAGCAGCAGGACACAGGCUGCUUCCACAGCGUGGGACGGCUCUUCAACAACGCCCUGCAGGGUGGUGUCUCGGAUGAGCUCUCGCUGUCAGCUUAUGUCACGGCUGUGAUGCUGGAGCUGGGGCUGUCCCCAAUGGUGAAGAUAGAACCACAGACUGAAGGGCAGCUCUUCUGGCACAGGAAAGGGAAGGCUCCGUCCCCAUCACAGCUCUCCUGGGCUGCUGCUGCACCAGCAGAGGUGGAGAUGACAGCCUAUGUCCUCCUGGCCUACCUCUCCCAGUCCCAAGUGUCCUCUGCCGACCUGGGCACCGCUUCCCAAAUCGUCCGCUGGCUCAGCAAGCAGCAAAACCCCUACGGAGGCUUUGCCUCCACGCAGGACACUGUGGUGGCCCUGCAAGCCCUGGCCAAGUAUGCUGCCCUGCCCAGGCGGCGGCUGGUGCUGCAGCAGGCGGCUCUCAAGCUGCCGGGGCCAUACAUGGUGCAAGCCCACGGGCAGGGCUGUGCCCUCGUGCAGCUGAACCUGUGCUAUAACGUGCCACCAUCUCCAAGCAUGGGGAUGUUCAACCUCCACGUCGGGACGGAGCCCAAGGAGUGCACUGGGGACACCAACACCCACUUCCAACUCGUCCUCUGGGCACGGUACACUGGGGACCGUGCUGCCACCAACAUGGUUGUCAUUGAGGCCAAGUUGCCAUCUGGCUACAGCCCAGACAAGAGCUCCAUGGUGGAGCUGAAGAGGCAGAAGCUGGUGAAGAAGGUGGAGGUGAAGCCCGACCAGGUGAUCAUUUACCUGGAGCAGCUGACAAAGGAUGAGGAAACCUUCACCUUCACCGCUACACAGGACUUCCCAGUGAGGAACCUCCAGCCAGCCACUGUGGUGCUGUACGACUACUAUGAGACGGGUGAUCGCAGGGAUGCUGCCUACAGUGCACCCUGCAGCUCAGAGACUGAUGGUCAGGAGCAGGAAAACUUCUAG